GCUCCCAGUAAUCACCGCACAGUGGUACGGUCCGCCUUGUGGGAGGCGGGGCCUCGUGUGUCCUGCUGAAUCCAAGGAGUGGGUGACGUCACCGGGACAAUGGAGCAGACGGAGCUCGGAGGGGAGCGGCGCCAAUUUCAAAUGUUCCGCCGUAGUGAGCGUUAUCGGGCCACCGUGUCCAAGUGUUCCGCCCUGGAGAUGGAGAUCAAAAGGAAGAAGAUCCGGGAGAGCGCCGUCUUUCCUACACAGGAAGACAGCUGCAUUCAAGAAAAGCUAAACUUUGAAGUUCGAAUGCGGGAAGGAAUCUGCAAGUUGUUAUCGGUCAGCACUCAGAAACCUCAAAUAUUGAAUGCGGUGAAAAAUCUUAUGAUUUGCAAUGCACGUAUUCAGGUUUAUAUGAAACGGCUCAAUUCUCCUCAGGAAGAAAGCAGUGUGAUGAAUGCUGGACGACGGUCAUCAGAUGCUGGUACAAGGGAACGCUCUGUCUGUCCAGGAAAGCUGGCCAUAUCAGGUAUUCGAAUCCCACUGAUGUGGAAAGACACCGAUCAUUUUGGCAGCAAAGAAAAAUCACAAUCCUAUGCAGUUUUUUGCAUGUUAAAACUGGACCAUGAAAUAUUUGAUACAGACAUGGUCAUCGUGGACAAAACGAUGACGGACAUAUGUUUUGAGAACCUAAUUGUAUUCACGGAAGCAAGACCAGACUUUCAGUUAAUACUUGAAGUAUAUAGCUGCUGCAUGGAGGAAUCGUCUAUAACAAAUACUCCCAAGAAACUUGCACGGAAGCUCAGAAACUCAAUUGGGAAAUCUACUGGGAAGAAAUUGAAUUCAGAAACAGAAGAAUCUGAGCCAGAAGCUUUUGUGUUCUCAAAUCUUCACAUGCCGGGAGCAAAAUUCAAUCUAUUGGCUCAUAUAACAUUCGCUUUGGAUAGUGUGGAGGACAACUUUAGUACCCAUACUCUUACUGUGGCUGGGCACGAGGAAUGCUCAUUUUGGCUGCCUUUAUAUGGCAGCCUGUGCUGCCGUUUGGUUGCACUGCCAGCCUGUUUGACAGAUGAAGUCAUGGUGGGGUUCCUUAACCAACAGGAAAUGGUUGGUGGUGUUCGCAGCUGCGUCAAGCUAUACUGUGUACUGAAAGGUGCUAAUCUUCACUGCUACUAUACUCCAGCAGAGAUUGAGGCAAAAAUUGAACCGACAAUGACCAUUCCUAUCAACAAGGAAACCAGAAUCAGAGCUGUAGAGAAAGAUUCCAAGAAAAGGGCAAACAGUUUUUCUAUAAUCAACAUUGUAUCUUGCGAAGCAAUAACUAAAAUAUUUUCAGCUGAUAGCCGAGAAGACCUUCAGAAAUGGAUGGAAGCUUUCUGGCAGCAUUUUUACAACCUCAGUCAGUGGAAGCAUUGUUCUGAAGUACUUAUGGAAUUAGAGAUUAUAUCGCAGCGAAAGCCACCAUUGUUUUCAACAAAAGAGGCAACUUCUGUGUAUCAUGAUAUGAGUAUCGGUUCACCUAUGAAGUUUGAGAGCUUAACGGAUAUACUGCACAGGAAAAUUGAGGAAACCAAUGGGCAGUUCCUAAUUGGACAGGAAGACACUGCUCCACCUUCUUGGGCGGCAUUAUUUGAUGGUAACCACCAACUACAUGUUGAGAAGAACACACUUUCUCCACCUUUAAAAGGAGAGGUAGAAAAUGUUACGGAUGUCAAGGGGAAGAAGAGAAGGGCUCCACCACCACCACCAAAUAAGACACCAUAUACAGUUGGAGAAUCAAAAAUUUCAGACCUAUCAGAAAAGGAGAACAUUUGGCCAAGAUCAAGCUUUUCUCGCCAGUCUCUUGAUGCAAAAUUGAAUUCCAUCAUGCAGCAGUUCCAAAGGCCAAUGGCCAUCCCACAAAAGCCAAUAUCCUCUGAUAAAAAUAUCUCAAAUAAUGACCAGCUUCAGACAAGCAAUGAAGAGAUUUGUCCUUCCAGACCAGUACCAGCGCCAAGACAGAAGUCCAUAAAAGAACGGUUGGAUCCCAGAUCAUGGCGUCAGAUACAAGAGUGACUUCAUCCUGCCUAUAAUUCUGCACGAGUCAUGUCUGUGCAAAUAGUUUUUAAUUGAAUUUUUAAUUCUAUUUUAGAUGUUAAAACUGGAAUAAUCCACAGAAAAUUGACUUUAAUUUUCUACAAAGGACUUUGUGAAAAUAGUUUUAUUUUUUUCUGUCCCUGAAGCAAUUUGUUACAUAGCAUAAUUGGCUUAUUAUUUUUAAUCACAAUCCUAUCCUCGUGUUAUUUGUAAUGUUCUCAGCCUAUGUAUAAGAAUUUUUCGAAUACCCUGAAAGAAAACUGGGCUCUUAAUCUUCAAAGAAAGUUUUCUUUUUUUAUCAUUAUCCGCUGGAUUGCAGACGGUUCUGCCUCAUAAUUACGCACAGAACACAAAAGUAAAAUGUCAGUUUAAGUUGACUCAGACAUAAAUUCUUAUCUGUGCCAAAUGCCGUCCUGAGCUCAGGCUACACCAUCAUUAGCCUUAGUAAUAACUUCUAUUACAGUUCAUGAUCUCUACUAAUGAAAUAUAAGAAAAUAGUAUGCAAACAUGGAAUGUAAGAACUGUAUUGUGAUGGUAACAAUGGUUGAUAAUGAAAAGCUGGUUUAUGAAUACUGGAGAUGAUGCUUAUAACAAGCAGUGAUUUUACUUAUUUACAUAUUUAAUGUAUUUCUGUAACUUCACUGGGAAAAUUAAGUUAAAGCUGGUUGUUAUGAACAGCAGUUUCACUCAUUAGAAAUUACAUGCAAAGUAUUCUGUGCCUUUAUUUUUUGCUAAACUUGUUUUUUUUAGAUCCUUACACACACCUUUUUUAAAAAGGUAGAUAUGUCGCACAGUGAAUCUUCCUUUUUUUUUUUUUUUAAAUGAGCAGUUAUUUUAACUGACCAUACUUAUGUUUACCUUUUUGGUGAUUUUCCUGUUUUUAAAACUGUACUUCAAGGUACAGCCCAGUCAAAAUAGAAGGCUAAUUCGUGUUCCCGUUGAGGAAAUUCUGCGCCUCCUGUUUGUGAAUGCCAUUAUAUUUUUUGACAGUCACAUCCAAUGGGCAAUCGGUCCCUCCCCCACACCCAUUUUGGAGAGAUUUCUACUUGCUUCCUGUUGUUCCUCUGGGGG